AUGUCUAUGGGGCUGGAGAUCGGUGGGGUGGCCCUGUCGGUGCUGGGCUGGCUGUGCAGCAUCAUCUGCUGCGCGCUGCCCAUGUGGCGGGUGUCGGCCUUCAUCGGCAACAACAUCGUGACGGCGCAGAUCAUCUGGGAAGGGCUGUGGAUGAACUGCGUGGUGCAGAGCACGGGCCAGAUGCAGUGCAAGGUGUACGACUCCAUGCUGGCGCUGCCGCAGGACCUGCAGGCCGCCCGCGCCCUCCUGGUGGUGGCCAUCGUGCUGGCCGUGCUGGGCCUGAUGGUGGCCAUCGUGGGCGCCCAGUGCACCCGCUGCGUGGAGGACGAGACCACGAAGGCCAAGAUCACCAUCGUCUCCGGCGUCAUCUUCCUGCUCUCCGGCAUCAUGACCCUCAUCCCCGUCUCCUGGUCGGCCAACACCAUCAUCCGGGAUUUCUACAACCCGCUGGUGCUCGAAGCGCAGAAGAGGGAGCUGGGCACGUCCCUCUACGUGGGUUGGGCAGCCGCCGCGCUGCUGCUCUUCGGGGGAUCCCUGCUCUGCUGCUCCUGCCCCCCCAAAGAUGAGAGGUACGCGCCCAGCAAGGUGGCCUACUCCGCCCCACGCUCCGCCGUCACCAGCUACGACAAGAGGAACUAUGUGUGA